AUGAACGGUGCCAGCCUGGGAUUCUUUCUGAGAAUCCGUGACAAUUAUUCAUCGCGGUUCCAGUCCCUUUCCAUCAACACCCAACAGGAAAAGGACGGCGACACCGAGGAUGAUACCUUGAUCCACCAGGCGUUCGUGAAAUAUUUCGAUGAGCGGCAAAUGCCCUACCCUGAAUGGUUGGGAGUCAAGGAAGGCGGUAAUGCUGCUACCAAGGACCCUUACGUCUACUCUGAGUACCAGCCGGUGCGUCAAACCUACUCGCUGAAUGGCCAAGGGAACUUUGCUCCUCGUCAACUGUGGACUCGUGACAACAGUAAUACUGCGGCCGGCCGCAACGGAUUCCAACCUACUGGCUACGGCCACAAUGCUGCUGGUAGAACUGCUGGAGGUACUGCUGGAGGUGCCACAGGUGGCGCCACUGCCAGUCCCUAUGGCGAGGCUGACUCAACGCCGUCUCCGGAAAGACCAGGCUACUCUCGUGGUGCCCUGAGACUUGACAAUUUGUACAAUAAGCUGAGAAUGCAACUGGUACCGGGCCAGGGUUAUAACAUGGGCCACAACCAGAGACCUACCACCCACUCAGCAACUGGUCUGCGGUUGCGUGAGCGCAUGCUUAAUGCUAAUCGUUCUCCUCGUAGCUCGAGUUGA